AUCAUCACAUUUUAAAUCAACUCAAAACAAUCAUUUUAAAUCAAAUACAAAUUUUGUUUUCUGUGUGGAGUCAUCCACGCGGUGUGUGCAUCUCGUAAAAACGCGCUUCUCUUAUCAUUCCCAUCCCAAACGGAUUUGCGAGAGAAGCGAAGGGGGGAAAAAGGUAGAAACACAGAAGGAACGCGCGAGCGUCACCCGCGAUUGGCGAGAAGAUUCUUGGUCCGCGAUUAUCUCGGUGCGCGCCGGCACUGCCGUCGUCCCCGUCGUCUUUCGUCGCGAAUGAUCCGCGAAGAAUUAUCGGAAUCGCGCGCUUGGCAAAGAUCGUUCAGUCGCGAUCCGACUACCGAGCUGUGAGCUUCGCGUUCUCUCCGCGCAACUUGGUCCGUCUCGGCCCCCACCUUCAUUGUCACAACUAUCCCCUCCGUCCCCCUUCUCUCUCUCUUUCUGUCUCUGUUGCACCUCAUCUUCGCGCACAGGCUCGCGUAAUCGCUUCCAGCGUGCUAAAUUUAGCGCUGACCGUUGCUUUUGCCGAGCCAGCGGCGUAUAUAAAGCUCCUCUUCGCCUCCGCCGCCGUUUCCUGCACGCGCGCGCUGAGGUCGCGUCGAGACGCGGAAAAAGCCGUCGCCGUCGUCGUCCUCGGGGCACAUCCGUCGCGACGUUCCACCUGUGAAGGUUCACCGCGCGUGUCUCCGUGCGGCCACGCGGGGUCUGUCGCUUCCUCUGUGCGGAGAGCACCGAUAAGAAAGAAAGAGAGAGAGAGAGAGAGAGAGAGAGAGAGAGAGACAGAGAGACUUGUCGAAGCAGCCGCGUGCGUCGUGAUCAAGGGAUCUGUCACACGGAAUCAAGGAUUCGGGCGCGAUGCGGAGAGCAGCUUGUGACUUCUGGAGCGAUAACACGCGAGUCGCGCCGAGCAGAGUUUAUCAACGCUCGCCCUCUCUCGUCCCGGGGAUUUAUCCGGAGCGGGAAAAGUGUAAUUAAUGGAGAACGCUCUCGGCGGCGGUGUGUCGAGAAAACUUCUCCCGUACGUGUGACUCGCGCGACGUAAUUGCGAUCACGUAGCACUGCGCAUAACGCAGAGAGUGUGCACUUGGACCUGCCGCGACAAAAAAACAUCAGGCGACUGCAGACAACGACGCAUUUCUACCGGCACGUGUGCUCCUUCUCCUGCCUGAGGAGCAGGAACACCUUGAUCCCCUGGCCUCGAGAUCGAACGAGUAUUUGCCGAGUUGCGACCUGCAAAACAGAGGAGCGCGAAAUUCGGGAAAAACGCGACGCGGAGAGACGCAGCACCAGCAGCAGCCGCGCGAGGCUUUCCGAGGCUCGUGCAAUCGAGUGAGCGAUAAGCGGUCGGCUGUCGUGUGCGUGUGUGUGCGUACGUGCUAUGUCGCCGUAAUAAACGCUAAAAAUAACCGCGCUAUCGGGCCGCGAGCGAGUAUCGGAGCGAUAAACAUCGCCGACGAUACGCUCGCCAUCGCGCUCGAAUUCCGCGGCUUUCUUGCGAUAUCGCGGCUGUGGAGGACACCGAAAGAAGAGGGGCGGAAGAACGAGAGAUUCCUUGAAUCUUUCGGGCCCGCGAUGGCAGGCCCUAAGAGGAGAGAGAGACCCCGUUGUCGCGAAACGCCGCUUCUCGCGAAUUCGCUGGACCGUUCGGGAAUCAGCGCAAGACCCGGAAAAAAGAGGAUCGACUCAAAGCGCGAGUGACAUAACACGCCUUUUUGGUGCCCGCGUCGUCAAGGAGAGAAAACACACCUCACCCCGGCUACCUGGCGAUUAACGUGCGCGUGGAUCGUCGCGUUUCUCAAUGUCUUGUAUCGCGGCGACGGCGGCGUUCUAAAAAUACUCUGUACGCCGAAGGACUUUGGAGCAGUUUCUCGUUCUGGACAGUUAACUCUUUUGCUGUGUGGGUUUCUUCGUCGCGUAUGCAUUCUCCACGCUUGACCAAGUGAACAUCGUGUUGCGCGUUGAACGGAUCUCCAACGCGUGAAAACGCCGCGUCGGUUAGGUGACGGGGGAGUGUGGUCGGUUUAGCGGGGAGAACGACGACAGGGAGAAGGACACGCCUCGAGAAGGGCGUUAUGCGGCGAAGUCGAGGUUGAAGUAUAUCAGUUGUUACGGCUUCGCCCCGUGCAUAAUCGUAUCACGCGCUUCGCCGUGAAAAAUUGCGGCCGCAAUUGAUUGACGUCGCGCCAACGAAACGCUCCUUCGCUCUGCCUGUUCCCUCCUCGUCCACCUGUUAAGUACAGUCGUGUCAGCGCGAGGUCGCGGUGAGAUUGAGCGCGCACGUCGUGACCGGGAGGAAUAACCGCGGGGGAAAUCAUGAGGGUGUACGUGGAGCGUGCGAGCGCGUUCGAUCGAUAUCCGCGCGGCGAGAAUCCAAGCGCGAAGAUCGUCGUCGGCGGCGGCAGCCGUCACGUCGGCGCGAUCCACGUACGCGGCAGUCCGCACGGCAUGUUACCGGAUCUGUGUUACAUGUGCAUAGAUAUGGCCAGGGAUACGCCGGGCUCGCCGAUGCCGCGGCCGCGGGAUUUGGGCGCCGGCGGGGGUGGCGCGGCCGCGGCCACCUUGACUUCCGGCGCUUAUCACGCCGCCACCACCGAUUCCGCCAGUCUGCACGACCACGAGCUGCAGCAGAAGAUGCUCAAGCUACAGCAGCACUAUCAGCUUCAGCAGCAGAUACUCUGGCAGAAGUAUGAGGCGCAGGGACGACAACUGCAAGAGCAGCAGAUGCAGGAGCAACUGAAGCUCUGGGAGCAGCAGAAGCAGCUGGAGGAGCAGAGGCGAGAGAAGGAGCGGCUGGAGGCGCUCAGGAAGAAGGACAAGCAUGAUCACAGCGCGAACGCGUCCACGGAAGUCAAGCAACGCCUUCAGAGCUUCCUGGUGAACAAGAAACAACGGGAGGCGGCGGCCGCGGCGAACGGAGCGGUGCCUGGCACGCCCGGCUACAGAAGCUGGCUGCAGCCACAGUCGGAGUCGUCGAGCACCACGAACGCGGCGCACCCUUACCGAAUGCCGCAGAUGCUCCAGGAGAAGUUCGGCGACGACUUCCCCCUCAGGAAGACAGCCUCGGAGCCGAACCUGCUGAAGGUGCGACUAAAACAGCGCGUGGAGAGGAACAUGGCAGCGUCGAGAAACUCACCCCUGAUGGCACGCCGGAAGGACCGUCUGCUGUCGCACCUCAAGCGGAAGUCGUUACUAGCAAACUCUGGCAGCAAUCCCGAAUCCGGGCCUAAUUCUCCACCGACCGUGAACAACUCUCAAGCCAGUCCCACUGCUGGUAGCAACACGGCGAUACAGGAGGAAAGUGAGAAUCCGGCGUACGUAGGACGUCUUACCAGCAGUAGUCAGCAAGGCAGCCUUUCGGAUCUUUCACUCUUCAGUUCACCGUCCAUGCCUAACAUCUCGUUGGGCAGACCUCACGUGCCGUCGAGCUCGUCGAGUGGAACGAAGCUGGCGCCCGUCUCGGAAGCGGAGGUGCGCGCCGCGUUCACGGCGCGUCUCGGCAUGCCGCUCACCGGUCAGAUGCUGCACGGCACUCUACCGUUCUAUCCGUCCCUGACGGUCAUCGAGGGCGAGCCGACGUACAUCUACAAGCAGAUGCAGAACCUGGAGCAGGCGCCGCCGGUGGGCGGCAGUCGGCAGCACCCGGUCUACCAUACCGCGCCGAUCACGGAUACACAAGUAGCGCACGCAAGACUGCAUAAGGCUGGUCACCGGCCUUUAGGUAGUAGAACGCAAUCAGCGCCGUUGCCGCUCGGCCACCCGAUGCUGCAGGGCGGCAUGAUCGCGCCGACGACCCACUACGAGGAGUACCUCGCGGAGAAGCAGCUGCACGACCAGCAACAGGCGCACAACUACCUGAAGCAGCAGAUCCGCCAGACGGUGUUGACGCGAGUCGGCUCACGGACCCAGGCGAAUCAGCUGGACGAGGCGCCGGAGACCGAGGAGUCCGAGGUCAUAGAUCUCACCGGCAAGAAGGAUCUGCCGGAGGAGAGCGAGAUCUCGAAGCAGCAGAGGGACCGUGAGCAGUUUCUGCAGCAGCAGAGAGACCUCAUGAUGCGACACACCCUGCAGACGAACGAGUCGACCGUCUACAGCAGCAGCUGUAGGACCUCGCAGUCGGCCAGGCCGCUCUCGAGGGCGCUGUCGAGUCCACUGGUGCAUCUAGGUCCCCAGGGUGGCGGCGGCGACAUGUUCGCGCGCGGUUCCCCGCAUCGACCCACCACGGGAUUAGCCUACGAUCCGUUGAUGCUGAAGCACGCGUGCGUUUGCGGCGAAACGGUCAGGGGUCAUCCCGAGCACGGCGGCCGAUUGCAGAGCGUGUGGGCCAGACUGUCGGAGACCGGCUUGCUGCAGCGGUGCGAUCGGGUGCGCUCGCGCAAGGCCACGCUCGAAGAAAUUCAGACGUGCCAUAGCGAAGCGCACGCCCUUCUAUUCGGAACGAAUCCACUGAAUCGACAGAAGCUGGACAUGUCGAAGCUGUCGCAAUUGCCUAUCAAGAGCUUCGUCCGACUCCCCUGCGGCGGAGUCGGCGUUGAUUCCGAUACCACGUGGAAUGAGCUUAACACGGCACCCGCCGCCAGGAUGGCGGUGGGUUGUGUCGUCGACCUUGCGUUCAAGGCGGCGAUGGGCGAUAUUAAGAACGGCUUUGCCGUCGUGAGACCGCCUGGGCAUCACGCAGAGACCAACCAGGCGAUGGGCUUUUGCUUCUUCAACUCCGUGGCGAUCGCGGCGAGGCUACUUCAGCAGAAACUCGACAUUAGAAAAAUUUUAAUCUUGGAUUGGGACGUCCAUCACGGGAACGGCACCCAGCAGAUGUUCUACGACGAUCCGCGGGUCCUGUACCUCUCGAUACACAGACACGACGACGGCAACUUCUUCCCCGGCACCGGCGGGCCCACCGAAUGUGGCGCCGGCGAGGGUCUCGGGUACAAUGUGAAUGUGGCGUGGUCCGGCGGCCUGAAUCCGCCCAUGGGCGACGCCGAAUAUCUCGCGGCGUUCCGCACGAUCGUCAUGCCGAUCGCCAAGGAGUUCGACCCGGACAUCGUGAUCGUCUCGGCCGGCUUCGACGCGGCCGUGGGUCAUCCGGCGCCGUUGGGCGGCUACAAGGUCAGCCCGGCGUGCUUCGGCAGGAUGACGCAGCAGUUACUUAAUCUGGCCGACGGCAAAGUCAUCCUCGCGCUGGAGGGUGGUUAUGACUUGGCGGCGAUCUGCGAUUCCGCGCAAGAGUGCGUCCGCGCUCUGCUCGGCGAUGAGCCCAGCCCGCUGCGGGACGACGAACUCACCAAGAUCCCCUGUCAGAACGCCAUCGACACGUUGCAGAAGACCAUCGCCAUUCAGAUGUCACAUUGGCCUUGCGUGAAGCUCGCCGCUCACACAGUGGGCAUGAGCGCGAUAGAGGCGAGCCAGAAGGAACACGAUGAGACGGAAACGGUGUCCGCCAUGGCCUCUCUGUCGAUGCAGCAGCCUACGAAUCUUACGACCACGCCAGAACAUUCCCGAGAGGUGUCCGAGGAGCCGAUGGAGCAGGACGAGGCCAAAUGAGACGCGCGUUAAUCAUUCUGCUAGAUGUAGAAAGCGUAAUUAAUUGUAUCGCGGAACUGUGCAAAUGCUCUUUGGGAUCUCUCUCUAAGAGGUGCAUUUCUCAGUGAUAUGUCGAGGGCCGGAUCCGUCGUCGCGCACGGCUGCUGGCCGGCUCGCAGUUACACGAAAGUCCCACGAAUGCUCGCCGCUUUGUGGGUGAACAUAGAGCGGACGGUGUGGGCAAGAUUUCUGCACGGUCCGGGUUUUACGAUUUACACACAGUUAUUUCUUUUUUUUUUUUUUUCUAAAGACGGUAGUUGAAUAAACAACGGCCGAGUAACAAGGAAGACGUGAUCUGUAAAGAUUUCGGGGACAGUCCGACUACGACGCAAGUCGCGACGACUCACCGACUUCUCUUACUUUUAUUUUUAUGAUAGAGGUGAAUAUUGUAAAGUUGUUUGUGAGCCUUGCAAACGUUUCUAUUGUUCUUGCGCGUUCGGAACGCGGGGAGAUUGUUGUGCAGUUGGUGAUCACGAGUGACUAGUGAGAUGACAAGAAUUUGUCAUUCAGUGAAUUUCUUUCUCUCUUCUUUUUUCCCUAUUUUUUGAUAUCGAUCGCGCAAGAUUUGUACGGUAUUUUUUCAUAACAAAUCGCUCUGUUGACAUUGUCGAGGAGAGAAACUCGAGCGCGCAAGAAAGCUACUUUUGCCCGACCAAUUGGACUCCGCUUGGUAAAUCUUUUCGAUACCAGUGUCUUAUCGACGAACAACGAAUGAUUUUGACAGCUCGACGUCGAGCGAAAACUGGAACGAGCGAGCAUUUUGUAACUUUUGUCCGCGCUUGAUCCUUUACGGAGGAGAAAAAGAAUUUGUGCGGAUCAAGCGUGCCGUUGCUUUGGUGAUAAUAACUCUCUGUGGGGAGAAAAUGGAAAUCGCGAAUAACGCGCGAGCGCGUUGCCUUCGAAACGAAAGGAAGAAAAAUAAUAACGUCACGAACACACAUUCGCGAGCAGCUUGUUGACAUUUCACUGACGUAAAUUAGCGAGAGAUGAUGUGUUGAACCCACUUCUCGAAGCUGCACACAAAACAAGUCUGAUGCAUCGUGUUGCCUUGGAUAAUUCGCAGGAAGAAUUAAUUAAUUAAUCGCUCGUGAUAACUCCGUGUAUAUUUUUAAAGUGCUCAUCGCGAUCAUGAGCGUCCGCUUGUUGAAACACUUCAACGACUCGCGUAUUUUAUCGAAACACGUUCAGGGAGACUAAUACAGGGAGCUUGGUGAAAAGGCUGUCGUUAAAACGCGUCAGUGUUGCGCGUAUCCAAAACGAGAUAGAGAUUCUUCUUUUGUAUCGCGCCUAUCUGUGUCGUAACCGGGGACACGCCGUAGAAUAAAAAUCCAACCGCGAGAGACGCGUUGCGAGCGACUGUUCCGAGUAGCAAUUGCUGUGUCCCGUUGAGAGUACCGGUUGAAGAGAUCGUCGCGUGCAUAAUGAAUACGUCGGUAAACGCGUCAACGUAUAACUGAUCCCACAAACGAACGCGACGAUUUUUCGGGACGAGCUUUCGGGCCGCGCGAAUUAGAAGAGAAAAAGAUGUUUUCGAGAGAUUUGCGAGAAACCACGCACGCAUGUACACAAUGAAGCGACAGGUCUGUCCUUUUUAGCUGAACUAAGUUGUACCUUCUUCCUUUCGAGCGAGUAUGAUCGAAAAAAAAAGAAAAUCAAUAACAACAUCAACUCUGCCGUUCGAAUCGGCGUUGAACUGUGGGUCCCAUAUGGCUGUGUUUCAAUCAGCGUGCGCACCACAAGGCAUGUAAGACAGGUCGCCUACGCGCUGAUAAACGCAAAAAAGAAGAUGAUCGAUCCUCGAAGGGCGGAAGGAACAACGUUCUGGCGCAGCGUUAGAGCACUUAAAAAGAACAGGUCUAAAGUAAGUAAGCAAGCAAGGCCUCGCUGGGAGAGUGCGUGCAAGUAAGAACAAUUGGACAAACGUAUAUUUAUAAAAGACAGUAGAUGAGUUAUAGAUGUGUUUUCUCCGCCUCCCGCGCGCCGAUCCACCCUCGGUGGAGACGAGCGCGCGCGCGCGCGCAUCGUGGUGCUGGUCACUAGCGCUUAAUUGUCUCGUCGUCCGAUUCGCUUUCCCUGUUCCUCCGUGCAUUCGGAGUUGUGUGUGAGCUGCUUCUACUCUCCCCGUCGCCGUGCGGGAGAGAGGGACAGAGAGAGAGAGAGAGAGAGAGGGAGAGAAAGAAAGCUCUCCGUGUGCGACAGCUGUCUUUUGAUUACUUCUCGAGAAAGUCGAGGGGCGACGUAUUCGUGAUACGUAAAACGAGAGAAAAAUGUCGAUGUCUAGAUGCUAAGACGAUGUUAUGAUGUCUCGUAUGCUGCGCGAGUAUGCGAGCAUGUGUGUGUGCGCGCGACGCGAGCCACAUGCACGUCGAAACGUGAGACGGGACACUGCGUGUGCGUCGAGAUGCCGAAGUGUGUCGUGAUUCUCGAGAGACUACCGAUUUCUUAGCUGAUCGGAUCGCAUCCGACAGUGACAGUCCUGUUACCGCGAAAUCGAUUCGCUUCAGACGAUUUGAAUCGAAAUUUUAUCAUCGUGCACGUGGUGGAUUUUAAUUGUGUGGAACAUGGCUUGAACUCGCGUUUUGAUACAAAGUAAAUUUAGAUCCGUAGAGAUCGUCGCGUGUUUUCACUUUUCCAAUGAGUGUUUCGGAACUCGGUGUACAAGUGUUUUGUGCAAUAUCAAUCGUAUGCGAAACUUGGCGAAAAAUUGAUAAUGCCGUUCGGUAAUCGGCAAUUUUUUAUUUUAUUUUUUUUUAAUUUUUGGAAAUUACCGAUGGCGCACGCCUCCAUCGUUAGCCCGCACGUUUCGCACGUUAAGCCACGUGGGCUCGCAUCGAUACCGCGCGAGUAUUUGUUGUUGAUGUUUUCGAAUGCGCGAGGGGGCGAGUCGCGGAACGUUGCCGCGCGGCGGUGGCGUUCUCUCACGAGAUUUAACAACUACUUGGUUUUUUGCUGCGAACAAAGGCUGGUGUGAUUUUUGUGAUAUUUUGUAAAAAGAACAAGCUAACGUUUACGGUUAAUUAAGGAGUAUACGUCGCGAAAAUGUGCAUGUGAGAGAGAGAGAGAAAGGGAGGGAGCGAAAGGAAAAAGUAGAUAGAGAAAAGAUAAAUAUAAUUAUUCACAGAUACAAGCAUUUAUUUUUGUGUCAUGCAUUUUACGGAGAAAAGAAAAUGAUAAAUGAAACAAAGAUGAAUAUAAGAGGAAAAAUCUAUUGAUAAACGCGAAUUACAAGGAUGCACAUAUGAUAUGUAUAUAUACGCGCACACAUAUAUAUACAUAUAUAUACAUGAAUAUAUGUAUGUGUGUGUGUGUAUGUGUGUGAAGUUUGUCAUGCAGGAAAUAUAUAUAUAUACAUAAAAAGUAUAUCUAUAAUUCUAUAUAUUAAAGUAUCGAUCUAUAUACAUUAUAUAUCCGUGUAUCGCAAGAAUCUCAAGUGUCUGUUAAAUGUUGUCCCGAUAUAAAAAAAAAAAAUCACCGAGGAAACGCUGCGUGUAAAGAUCGACUCGAUGUAUAUUAAGUA